AUGGAGGUAUUGCCCUACUUAAUCUUUCUGGCCGGCCUGGUGUUCGUAGUCGAGUCUGUGCACAUCUCAAUGUCGGGUGUCCGCCCUGUCGUUCUGAGUGGGCCCUCUGGGGCCGGCAAAAGCACUCUUCUUAAGAUGCUUAUGGACAACUUUCCAAACAGCUUUGCAUUCAGUGUUUCCCAUACCUCUCGCAAACCUAGACCUGGCGAAGUUCAUGGAAAACACUACAACUUUGUGUCGUUGGAUGAAAUGAUUAAAGAUAUUGAGGACGGCAAGUUUCUUGAGUAUGCAGAGUUUGCGGGCAAUUAUUAUGGGACCCCGCGCGAUGCAGUGACAUCGGUUUUGGACAGUGGCCGCAUAUGUAUCUUGGAUGUGGAUGCCAACGGUGUUCGUAGCAUUCAUGCAGCGGAGCCGCCUUUGAACGCGCGCUUCGUAUUUAUUGGCCCGCCUUCGCUCGAGGAGUUAGAGCGUCGCUUGCGUGAUCGUGGGACGGAAACAAACGACACCAUCCAGUCUCGCCUUCGUCAGGCUGCAAUCGACAUGGAGUUCGCCAACAGCCCACAGGGCAAGCGCAUAUAUGACAUGUACAUAGUCAACGAAAAUUUGGAAGAUGCCUACGAGAAGCUUUUUGCUCUCCUAAAGGACGAUAUCGAACUCACAUUGGGGGGCGACGAAGAGCAACAAGUCGCGGCUUCGUAA